UAGGAUCCGAGCAUUUUUUUCAUUUCGCUUUUUGCAAAAUCUUUGUUUUAAUAAAAAGCCCUAAUUCGAUUACUCUAACUAAUAUAACAUUCGGAUUCUCUUCUUCGUCACCUAUCGAAGUUCCGAAAGUGUGAAUCUUGUUCGAGUUUACUUAUGAUCUGGUACCAGAAAAAGGCUUAUCUUGACGACUACAUUGAUCGAAUCAGUGACUUACCUAGGAAUGUAAUUGGUAACAUCUUACAAUAUUUGCCCAUCCAAGAACAAGUUAGAACCAGUAUUCUGUCAAGGAAAUGGAGGCAUAAGUGGGCUUCAGCCCCACAACUUGAGUUCAAUGGUAACUUUUUUGAGAAGUGUCAUGAGUCUGGAGUUGAUUCUUCUAGUUUAGUUACUGAAGUUCUUCUGCUCCACAAUGGCCCGCUACACAAGUGUACUUUUUACCUCCCUCCAAUAUAUUACAAACCAGUGAGAGAGGAAUGUAUCAGUAAGUGGAUUCUGUUUUUGGCAAGGAAAGGGGUUAAAGUUCUUGAGCUUGAGAACAUAGGAGAAGAUACCUAUCAAACUCCAUCUCAUGUCUUCUCUUGUCACGACUUGACGUAUCUUCACCUUGGGAGUUUUAUUCUGUCAACAGUGCCCAAUUUUCAUGGCUUUAAAAGUCUGGUUGACCUUAACUUGUAUUACAUGAAAUUUGAGUCAUGUGCAUUUGAGUGUCUUGUUUCUGGCUGUCCCUCACUUUUGAAGCUCACCAUUUAUCACUGUUCUGGUUUGGAAGAUUUUUAUGUCUCUUCUGCUCUCAAAAGUUUGCACAUAGAAGAUGACGAAGUUAUCAAGUCAAUUUGUUUGAAGCAAACACAAAAUUUGGCUUCUAUCACACUCUUGGCUAAUGGACUUGGGGAUGAAAUUGACAGAGAAUGGGUAACUGAUUUGUUCAAAGACUUGUCGAAACUAGAGAGACUAUCACUGGGAACAGCUUAUAUUGAGAUUUUGUCUGCAGGUGUAGGCAUCAAUCUGCAAGUGCUGCUUAAAGAUGUAAAACAUCUGGAAUUGAAGGGUGUGAAUUUCAUUGAAGCAAGAGAACUUUUUUUUAUUAUUCAUCUGCUUGAAAGUUGUUCUAACCUAGAGAAACUUGUGAUAAAGAAUAAUAGUGAGGCUGUGGAAACACAACAGAUUUCGAAGGAGUUUGACUGCAUUAACUGUAAAUUUAAUAAGCUUCUAACUUUGGACAUGACAGUUAAAACUUCCUAUAAGCCUGCACUUGACUUUACUCGGUUUGUGCUUGCAAAUUCCCCGGCAUUCAAAAAGCUUACUUUCAAGGUUGGUCUUGAUCUAAAUCAAUCAAAUGCACCUAUAUUGUUAAGUAUUUCUCAGGAUUUGCUGCAGAUGGAGCGAGCUUCACCAAGAUCACAAGUUAAAUUCCUUCACGGUGCCCGUUUAUGUUAUUUUUGAUUUUGGCCUUCCAGCCCCAACUCCUUUUGUUUUCAUAUAUUUUAUUUUUCCUAGGUUAUGCUCCAACCUCUUUAAACAAUAGAUUUAUUAGUACAUUUGGUUUUAUGGAAAAAAAUAGUUGGAGACAAUUCAAUGUUAAGUAUUUUUUAUUCUUGGGUGGAAGAGUAUGGUAGUGUAGGUUGGGUGAUUCCAAA